AUGGAAGAUAUACAACGCCUGAUGCUACUGUAUGUGGUUGCUAUGGCCCACCAAGAAGUCUUCCAGCAACAAUUUAACAUUCACCAGUUUAUCAGAGAUUUAGGUGGAGAAGAGGAGCCAGAGCACGUCGCAUCUGAUCUGAUCAGCUCAUGGAUGAGCUUAGAAGAGAAGAUCCUAGAACCUUCAAGAAAUUCCUCUGCAUGCCAACUGAACUGUAUGGUGGAAUAUUCGAGAAGGUCCGUCAUCGCCUCUGGAAACAGCACACCUGGUACACGAAACCCUUGUAUCCAGGCCUCAAUUUCGGUCGAAAUUCGUCAGAAUUUGAAAUUCGUCAGAAUUUACAAAUUUACCCAAUUCGCCAGACUGCGUUUUAUGGAUUCGCCUAUGUGUGAGGAGGCUUUAAAGAGUGAUACACCAUUUACAAGCUCUUUAGAGCACUGGAGAGCGGCUUUGUAUACACGUAGGGAAUUUAGAGUUGAAGAAAUACCAACAGCAAGAAAGAAUGUGUUCCGAGGCUCUGAUUUUCUAGAAAGUGAUGUUGGUAAAUACAAAUCAGAAAGUGACAAAGCAAAGAGAAAAGAAACGCCCGAAAGCAUUAUGAGUACUCAACGCAUGUUAGGAACUCCAAGGUAUUCUGACGUUGACACAUUUCCGCCAUCCACCGAAAUGAACGAAUUCCUACGCUAUCAAUUUCCAGAAGGUGUUGUUGGUAAAUACAAGUCAGAAAGUAAAACAGCAUACGGCAAAGAAAAGUCCGAAAGCUUUAUGAGUACUCGACACAUGUUAGGAACUUCAAGGUAUUCUGACGUUGACAGAUUUCGGCCAUCCACCGAAUUCACAAGAACAUCGUUUUUAAGCAGUACGAAAGACACUCAGGAUACCGCUAGCAGUGAAUGGGACGAAACCCAUUGUGACUGGUCUACGUCCAUAUUUGAGGAGCCGAAAUGCUUAAUUGCUAUAGAUACCGAAGGAAAGCUCACAAUUAAGGAGGAUGUUCUGACACAGAUUGAAGCAAUAAAAGAAGCAUUAAAUAUAGUUGCAAUAGCUGGUGUCUGCAGAACAGGAAAAUCUUAUCUAAUGAAUAGAAUAGCCGGAAGGAAAAAAGGCUUUUCUGUGGGUAACACUGUCAAAUCUCAUACCAAAGGCAUAUGGGUUUUGUGUAUGAAACAUCCAACGCAAACUGGCCAAGUGCUUGCACUUCUCGAUACAGCUGGUCUCUCUGAUGCUGAAAGUACGAGAAGUGGCAAUGAUAUCCAGAUAUUUUGCCUGACCGUUUUGCUGUGCAGUACAUUAAUCUACAACAUGGUUGGAGUUUUGAACAAAGAUACUUUAGAGAAGAUAACUUUUAUAUCAGCACUGGCAGACAAUAUAGAAACAUUUAAUGACAUCGGCAUAGGCAGUGGUAAGAAGAUCGAUACGGUGCGACUUGUUACACCAAAAUUAAUUUUGUGCGUAAGAGACUUCUUUCUUCCAUUUGAUAACAAUGACACACCUGAUGAGUACUUCGAAAAGUGCCUGUCAAGUACUGGUGAGAGCAAUAAAAGCACCAUGUGCAUCAACAAGUUCUUCUCCAAUCGAAAAUGUUUUACUAUUUGUCAACCGGCUAUGGGAGAACAACUUGUACAACUAGAACAUUUCAAAGACCACAAACUUCCUGAAAAUUUCUUGCAGGAUGUUGAAAAGCUGAAGAAAUGUGUAUAUUCAAGUGCUCCCAAGCGUCUUCUAAUGAAUAGGACAGUAGACGGUUCAAUGUUUGCAGCGAUUUUGCGAUCGUACGUGCAGGCGUUGAGAAAAGGACAUGUAUUAAAUGUCGAAGAUGCCUACACACAAGCGGCAUCACAACACAACCAAAUGGUACUGAAUAAAGUGAAAGAAAGCAUUCAGUCUGAUAUUAUUGAUAUACAUUUGCCUGUACCAAAGAAAGAAGAUCUUCAGCGCAUGCUAUUCAAAGUGCAGAAGAAAGCAUUACGAAUGUUUCGAAAUGGGGCUUUUCCUUAUGAAGCAAGCAUAGGCGAGGAAAACAUCGAGGAGGAGGUCCUAGCUAUAUGGACUGAAGUCAGGUCAGAUAAUAAAAGAUGUAUACAGGACAUAUGUUUUGACAAACUGUCCUCCCUGUACAGCAUAUAUAUGGACAGUGAAAACAUGUACAAAACAGAAGGCGGAUACAAGAAUUUCAAGUCGGGCCUUCAUGUAAUAGAAGAUGUUUUCUUUCGCAUAAUGAAAGAAUAUGAUUAUGACGAGCUGAUGGAAGCAGUUAAACGCUUCAAAGAGAAGAAAAAACACGUCAUGAUGGAAAUUUAUCAGACUGACACGGAAUUGACACAGAGAAGAAAAAUAGAUCAAAUGCGCAAGGAAAUGGAUAAAAAGCUUACAAUUCAACUCGAUCAACUGCGUGUGGAGAAAGAGAAUCACAGAUACUUGAUCGAAGAAGAAAGUAGACGUAGAGCCGAAAUGGAACGAACAUUACGACAGAAAUACUUGGAAUUUGAGAAAGAAAAGAAAAACUUCAUGCAGACAUUUGAAUACAAUCAAUACCAAGACUUGCAUGCUAUUGAACAAGAUAUAGAAGAUCGACUCCAAAAAAGAUAUGAGAAAGAGCAUCGAAGGCAUAAACAGGAACAGGAAAAACGUUUGAAAGAAGAACGAGACAAAAUGGAGAAGUUCUAUGCUGAUCAAACAGAAACGAUGAGAAAAGCCAUGAAAAGGAACAGAUGCAGCAUAUCCUAAACUCACUGUAAAAUACAUGAUUAUUUAAUUUAAGAAUUAUUAUACAUGCACAAAAUGUAAGAUGCUAACAACUGUCAAUUUUGAAAAACCGUUCGAGUACCCAUUUCGUCAAUGUGUAUCACCAAUUUUUAUGCUCCCAGAAGUGGGGGUGGGGGGAGCAUAUAGUCGCCAUCUUGUCCGUCUGUCCGCCCGUCACACUUCUUGUCCGUAAUAUUAAAGUAUUAAAUUCAAAUUGCAUCUGAUAUUCCUUUCUGUUGAAAACUUUAUACCGGAGUACCUCAAUUUUAUAAUGGUUUAACUUUCAGCAGGAAAAAUGAAGUAUGAAAGUUAAUUUAUUUAUUUA